AUGCUGUUCAACAAUGCGCUGUCUGGGGUGAUCAGCUUCAUCCCGUUCAUGGGGGACAUGCUGCUGGUGAUCGUGAAAGCAAACUCACGGAACACGGCGCUGCUGGAGGAGUUCCUGCGUGUGCGGGGCAAGGAGUUCAUCGCGAUCUGGGUGGAGGGCGGGGACCUGGAUAAGAUCCAGAAAGAGGCGGCGAAAGCAGCAAGGAAGCAUUGGGGUGGCAGCAAGAAGGGGAAGAGGCAGGGCGGUCAGAGGAGAUCGUGCCCGGGGUUACAAAGCGCGACACGGCACAGGUGCAGCCGGGCGCAGGGAAACAGUGACAUGGGCGCAGAGGGGUGA